AUGUUUUGGAUGGUGUGGUACGGCGUUCAAGAGAUUGAAUUGGAACACGACUUUCCGACACCUGUAGAGUGGGGAUUUAGGGCAAGAUGGGAUGGGCGUAAUGGUAAAUGCGUGCUAUGGAGGAUCUCGGCGCGUGGGUUUGCACGAGAAGGAGAGUGGGGGCUUGCCUAUGAGUAUUUAUCGAACCUGCAGGAACGUCUGGAGAAUCCGAGGCGUGAAGGGAAGAGGCUGAAAGAGCAAGAGGUCGCAGGUGGGAAUGGUGCCUUGUUAGUGGACGGUGUGGGCAAGAUUGGAUACGAUAUCAACGCGAAGAGUGAGCAGUGGAAACAAGGCUACUGGGAAUGCCUGAUGGGACUGGCGAAGGUCGCAGAAUAUCUUGACGGGCAUGUGAAGAGGAAAGGGAAAGAACUGAACAGCAGGACUAAGCUCUACACAUGGGAGAAUAUUCCUGGACCACAAAACCCGAGGCCGGUGGCUGUUCCCUGGGAUAAGGACGGCGCGCAUCUGAACGUGCCUACUUUCAACGAGGUAGAAGCUGCCAUGGAGGCUCCAGAGGCCUAUUACCUCAGGAUUCUAACGAGUAAGGGAUUCAGCAACCGUCAAAGGUUAGAUGCCGCACUAGCUUGUGCUGAUUGGUACGAUUACAAGAAUUUAAGGGAGACAGCUGCAGGGAUGUAUGACUGGGCCAUCGACAUAGCCGCUGGAGGUUUGCCAGAAGGAGCUGAUCACGUAGUCGACAUUCAGACUGGCGUCAUCAAUGCGGGAAAAGAGCGAUUCGUCAGUGAGAACCUGCUCAGAGCCUCGACUGCGUUAGGGGUAUGGCACGCGAAACAUGGUGAGGUGAAAGAGGCACUGCCAAUUUUCCUCAGUGUGCUGCGUGCAAGGAAAGCCCUUCCUCCAGCACCUCCACAUUUUCAAUCGCUCGCUUCAGGGCAGAAGAGAAUGACACCAGCCGAACGAGAAGCUCAGACGACCAGAAGUGUAGUCCAAGGCUAUUUGCAGAAUUUCAUCGACUUCUUUCGCGAAUCGGAUAAGCUCAAUGUACAAACAAGUGGUGACGAGCAACCCUUCCAUAGUCUGAAGGAAGCCUGCGAGGAGGUGGGUGUAAUGACGUAUAUUGGUGAGAUUCUCUUCGCGACAGGUGGGCAGGAACGAGAGAAGGGCCUGAGCUGGACACGAGACAGUGUUGAUGCUGCAGAGGCAGUGUUGUGGUUGAUGGACGAUCAGAGAGCUGGUCAAGGUGAAAAUGGCCGCGACCGAUGUCGAGAAUGUUUGAGUACUGGACUAGAGAAUUGGCAGCAGAUGGCGCGGCAGAUGACACGGUUGGCAAGGCAGAAGAAGGAGGAGGCACAACAAUCGAGAGGCUGGCUUGGUCUGGGGAUUGGACAGAGCUCAGCAGUUGAAAAGGCCACAGAAGAAGUCCAGAAAUGGGAAGAAGAGGAAGGUCAGAUUGAUUUGAAAAGGCAGAAGACGGCCAGUCUACUGUCGAUCUUGAAGCCAACGGGAAAUCCUUUCGGUAUGAUAUCCACGGUCACUUAG